AAGGGACUGAAGCGAGGGGUAUUAUGAAGCGGCAAACUUUUUGCCGAAUGGGAAGGGGUUUCGGCUGCCUCAGAGAACCUCGACUCGGUUAACUAAAUCGCCGUCCCUCAUCCCCUUCGCUGCCGUUAGACCCAGAAAAUUGGACCAUUUGUAACUGCAAAAGGAUGAUGCGAAUAGCUGAGGCUAGAAAAAUGAGAUCUUUGGGCUCAUCAUACGCUUGUCUGGAGUCUUUGAGUUAUCAAUUUCUGCAAAGAUGCUUAGUCAGCGGAACUGCAAAAGGGAAAUCUAAAAUCAAAGGAGCACAGCCAUUGAAGAGAUCGAAGGUAACAACCAAGAAAGGAACUGGGUCGGGUGAUUCGAAUCAGAAAGAUGGUGGGCCCAGAAGAAAAUCCGAAUUUGAUGAAUUGGUCGACGAGUGCUUGGCUUCGACUUCCCCAAUUAGAUUCUUGAAGCCUAAGGAAAAAGCUAGGGAAGCCGAGAGAGAAAAGAUGGGGCUGAAAAGUAAGGUAAUGGAAGAACAGGAGAAGAAAUGGAAGAAAAUGAAGAAUGAAUUUGAUUCCCCAUUUUUUAUGGGUACCCCAGGAUUGGAUUUGAUUACGCUGGGCUUGGUUGAUGCCGACAAGAUUCCUAAAUAUGAGUUGACUGUUGAGGAUGGUAGAAGGCUUGCCAAGGAGUAUAGCAGGGUUCUGAUGAGGAAGCAUAGAGCUAGACAGGCUGCUGAGUCUGCAUUCUUGAGGUGUAAGAAAGAAGCUAUUGAGGCAUUACCUGAGGGUCUGAAGGCUGCUGCUUUGGUCCCGGAUUUGACCCCCUUUCCGGCGAAUCGAUUUAUGGCUACUUUGACACCUCCUAUUGAAGGGUAUCUUGAGAAGGUUAAGGAAGCAGCCAAGAGGAGUUCUGGCAAGGAAAAACUUAGAUGAUCGCCUGAAAUUUUAUUUAUUACUUAGUAAUAUUGUUUUUUUUUUCUUUUUGGGUUUCUUUUUACUGCAUUUACUGUCUUCUUGCUGAAUUUUCUGGUUCUAUUUAUUUUAUGGUGCAUUUUCAAAUUUCACUUUCUUUACAAAUAUGUGCAUUCUCUUCUUGCUACGAGCGGUCUUUCUGUAAUUGAGUUCAUUGUGAAGAAGAGUGCCUUUUUAGUCAUCUCUGCACUAGUUCAUUGUCAGAAUGGUUAUCAAAUUACCUAGAAUGCUUUUAAUGUGAAGAUCCUAAAUUGCACCUGAGAGAAACAUAUGCCUAUAAAUCUCCGUAUGCAGCUCUGUUCGUGCUAGAGAACUGCACUUGCUGAAAGUUGCGUGGCAAUGUAACAAAACAACUCCAAACUUUGUCAGUGGGCAAGUUACAGUUGCAAUUUGGUUGUGUUCUGCAAAUGAAGGGAUGGAGAAUAGGGCAAAUCAGCUUUUGCUUGGUCUCUUCUGGAAUACUCAGUUUUUCUGCAUUGAUCUUUUGUACAUAGUAUGAAUUUACUGUUCUUCCUAUUAUUAUUAUUAUUACUUCUUGCUUGUUUUUGACUUGUAAUGUAAAUCAGGUAUAAUUUUG